GCUGUGGCUUAAAAAAAAAGAAAUUCCGACUUGAAUCAAGUCUACUUUCGUUCGCCACCAGAGAGGUCAAUAUUGGCUACGGAGUCAACUCAUAUCAAAUCGCAUGACCAAACACUCGGAUUGUGGCCAUCAACUUGUUCGGCAAGAGGACAAGUUAAUAUCGAUCGGCUGGUUGAAAUUUUGCUGGUCCUGCCAUGUCAACCCCUCGAGGGAGGGAUCUCACAAUGUGAGGUGUUGCUUUGCCAACAAACAAUUAGGGCCUAAAACACUUGAUAACCAGGAUUCAGUUUUGCCUUUCCCGAUGUGCAAAAAGAGGCAGUGUGAUCGUAAAUGCGCGGGAUAGGGUGCGGUAGUAGUGCGCAUUACAACACGGAAAACCCAUCGGUCACGUCGGUUUCACCGCUGUAGAGCAAAUUUGUCGAACAACAGAAUUUCGUGUACACCUCAUACAGUACCUCAAGAUAUACUGGAGAAACAUUUGGAGAGGUCGGCACAACCACGGUGAGUGCAUUGGCUUGGCAUGUUACUCGACCCUUCCACUUAAUGAAGUGGAAACGUAAACCGAUUCCCACUCUCCACUGAGGCCUACAUGACACUGUGUGAGCAGCCAUGCACGGAGAGUAAACUCAAAUAAGCUACCGAUUGGUUUUACUGUGCAAUCCCUUCACGUUUUAUUUUUGGCCGCAAAAUGCUCUAGCUCUCACUGUAUCAACAGAAGUCGCCUGUUUUAACUACCACUGCAGGCCUAUAUGCGCCUAGUUUUCACGGCAGUGGCAUAAGCUUUUUUAUUCGUUAAGCAAAAAAUGACGUGUACUCCCUCUUGGAAGUGAACAGCUGUAGAAAUUCAAACAAUUAUGAGGGGCUUGGCCAAAUGUCAUGUUCUCAUUGCGACAGUAUUACCGUCGCUCCAAUUUUUUUUUGUUUUUUUUGUUCGGCAAAUUUUGGGACUCUCCAGAUUCGAAAAUCCAAAAUCUGAUACGGCAAGUUUCCAUUUCGAAACCAAAUUGCCGUUUCACGAGUCCAAAAGAUGUCAGUCACAGUUUGGUAAACAUCUCAUUAUUAUGCAUCCUAGCAAGGGUUCCAGCGAUGAAAAAUUCAUGCUCAAACUUUUUGUGCACGAUUAUACCACUCUUCUUUGUGUAAAUACAAUUUGACAUCCCUUCUGGGUUAAGUGCGUUGAAGGGUACACCUUUUAUAUCCUAAAAAUUGACUAUAUACGGAGGCUUUUCUGGACAACUGACACAGACUGUUGUGUGAUGUAAUCCGAAAAACACAUUUCACUGGCUAGGCUUUUUGAUUAAAAUGUUUGAAACCAAAAUUUACCCUUUAGAAACAUUUGUGACGCUCUCUGUAGAAAUGAGUUACAGAAGUCAUCGGAGCCACUUUGAGUGUUGCGUUGUGUUAGAUUGGAUAGUUGAUUCUUUAAAGGCCUUUAACUCAAAAGUGGCUCAGGCGACAUGUGACUCAUUUUCACAAAGCGGGCCACACUUUUGAAAAGGUUCACGUGGGUUUGUCGCCAAGUACUUACACAGCAACGAAUCACCAAAGACCCGGACAGGAAAUUUAGACCAGCAAAAUAUGAAAAUUCACGGCACAUUUUUGUGUACAAGUGAAUUAAAUGUCAGUGCUUUCUUUCCAGCAUGACACCACAGUUUCGCUCAUGAAAGAAAAGAGGUCUCAUGGACAUAAAAACCAACGAGGCACUUCAAAUACCCUUUCAGAUAGCAAAAAAGAAAUGAAAUAAGGUUGAGACACGUGGGUGUAUUUCAGGGCUUUUGGAAAAAAAAAGAUUUUAUACACCUGUGGUCAGGUUUUACUUUCCAAAUCCGCAGGCUGAUCUGAAAAGGCUACUUUUUUACGAGUCUGCACGGAGUCUGCGUCAGGACGUGUAGAGGGUCACCUGUCAUGGCUUGCUGCCAGGCCCGAUGCGGUUGGUGGCGGUGGCUGAUUCCCUGGCUAGUGUUCAUUCAGUUCUUCCUGAGCCUCGGGUUUCUGUACAACUACAGCAUUCUUUUUGUCAGUCUACAGAGUGAAUUCCACUCAGGUUCGGCAGCUACAGGUUGGGUUGGAUCUCUUUCGCACGCCUUGAUUUGCCUCGCCAGCCCACUCACCCUGCAACUGGGUCGAAAGCUGAGCAGAAGGGGCGUUGUCCUGACAGGGGUGGUCACCGUCUGCGCAGGUCUGUUCAUGACGUCAUUCGUGCCGGCCCUGAGCUACGCCUAUCUGACGUUUGGGGUUCUGACGGGCGUCGGCGGGAGCUUCAUGACGAACUCGUCGCUGGGGCUGCUGAUGGACUGGUUCGUGGGGCGGAACUUUCCCCGUUACAGCGCCACCGUUUUAAUGGGAUCGACUUGCGGCGUCCUGAGUUUCAGCUAUUUGCUCACCGCUUCUAUUAACCAUUACGGAUGGCGCGGGGCACUGAGGGUAUUCAGCGGAGGGAUACUCGUGGUGGGCGCUGCGGCCGGAUCACUCCUCUCCGACCCACCUGCCGACGAGUGCAGCGGCGCAGCGGAACAAGGCGGUUCCCGGGAUCAGAAACAACGCGGCACGGACAACGUGGUCGUGUUGGAACAAAUACGCGCUGGUGGCAUGGAGGAGACUGAGGACUCUGGAAUCCAAGGGCCUCCCCCUAGAGACGACCCAGGCAGCGAGGAUGUUGAAACCGAGGCCGCCGCAGGAGAGGGGGCCAGCGACGCCGUUGUCAGCCUAGACGAACCAGCCGUCGUACACGCUGCAAACCCACCCCGAUUGUUCGCUCUGCUAAAAGACCCGGAGGCGUGGCUUUGGUCUGUGGCAAAUCUACUAGCCUUCCUUGGUUGGGCAUUUUUCAAUAUUAAUUUUGCAAGUUUCAUGAAAGGUCUUCGGUUCGACGACAACCAGAUAGCCUCCAACAUUGUCUUCUUCUCUUGCGGAGAACUUGGCGGGAAAAUCCUCCUAGCCGUGAUAGGAGAUCGUCUACCCUUCAUGUAUCUGUACGUGGUAGUUGCCUCCUGCCUAGGGGGUACCGUAACGCUGUCGCUGCUGGCCGUUGCCAAGACGUACACCGCGGUGGUAGUCAUCGGAGUCGUAUCUGGCGUCUGCCGAGCUGGUGUGUACGGUGUGUGCGUCGCAGCUGUGGCGGAACUAUUCCAUGGGACCUACGGGACUGGGAGCAGCUUGAUUCUAUUCCUGUACCCGGUGGGUGCUGGCUUCUUUGUCAGCGCACUUCUCUCAGGUGGUUUGUAUGACGUCACGGGUGACUACCUCCUCAGCCUUAUUGUCAUUGCAAGCACCUUUCUUUGUGCCUCAGUAAUCUUAGUGGCCAUUCCAUUGCGCAGGAGGAUUCGAUCACGUGGUUUGUUUUGUUUAAAGGAAACACUCUCUACCCAGACAUGACAAAAAUGUUUCUCAGAUUGGAACUGUUUUCUGCCAUCGAUGACUUGAUAAUUGUCCAUGUGUUAUUUCUUGUCUAACAAAAAAUUUUCAUCUCAGGCACUCACGCAAAGUGAAACCGGGACAGGGUGCGUGUACAUGUAUUCCGAAAGAGUACGAAGUUCGAGGAAAGGUUCGUCCAAGAAAAAGUCACCGCAUGCAUCGAUUAAACGUGCGGUAGUCAUGUCAAAUUCACUGACAAAAUUCGCCAAAAAAGUACCUGUUGCGUGGCCAUUGCUGUCUCUUUUUAAAGAAUAAGAACAAACCGGUGGCCUGAUGUCUUUGGACUCUGAAGCUCAUUUUCUCAGCUCAUCAGAUCUUGAGACAGCUAUUUGUUAAGACCAUGAAGACUUUUCUGGCCCAGGUUGAGGGCUACCGAAUUCGGUAAGUCUAUAUGAGCUUCGAGCUGGACCAAGAGAGGGCGCUAUUUUCUUACCAACGGUGGCUCCUUUGGUCGGAACUGAACUUCGCUGAUCCACAAACGGACUCUAACUCUCUCUUAAUCCUAAAAGAGCCGGGUAAUUUUGGCCCAUCUCGGACGGCCUGCAGAGAACUCUCUCUACCAUCGCAGAGUCGUACUCCAGCGCGGAGCUGGACAUCAAUACCCAGAAGAAAGAGGUUCUCCGAGAGAGGUCGUGCCCAAAGGUGUCCAAGUAGCCGAGGCAUUGGAAGCAGGCACUGAUGUCUUCAGCCAGGUAAACAGCUUCGUUUACCUAGGUAGCAUCCUGUCGUCGUCCAGCAGUAUCACAGAUGAGGUGCAGGACAGGACCAGACGGGCCUCUACUGCCUUUGGGCGCCUGGUUUAUUUUGUGUUUUUCAACUACAACUUCACUUCAUGUAUCUCCACCAAGAUCGCUGAAUAAUGAAUUUUCUCCGAUGCAACAAAGAAAUCAAACAAGAUGAAAAGUACUGAUUGGAACUAGUUUACAGUGAUGAAGUGAAGAAUAAAGAAAAGAUCUUAUAUAAACAAGCUGAUCUUACAGGCGAGAGCUUAGCAGGCACUUCAGUGACGAACACUUGACUCCAUAGAUGGUGAAAAACAGUUCAGUCCUUCACGGUGCAAAAGUUAGCUGCAACGAGGACGACCACGUCCAAUAUGACCGGGCUCGAGACGAAAUGGCGAGGGUUUGAUGACCGUCGCAAUUACGGGGACUUGAUGAUCCCAUAAUCUGGACCUGGAUUCAGUUCACAAACUGUCUCUUCCGGAUCAAAAUUCUGUCUGCCAGAGCUCGUCUUUUAUAGUCUCCAGCUCUUCUAGAUAUUUCUUAGUUUCUACAAACUUCUUUAAUCAUUACGUAAGUUUCUUAAAUAAAGUAUUUGGCAUCACGCAUUCUUACAAGAAACUUCCAGAACGUACACUAGUCAACAACUUCUGGAGUACGUAAGUGAGGUCAUUCACCGCGGCCUGGUCUCAAACACGGGUCACACACAGAGUUGUGCGCGGUACUAUUACAUAUAUAACAGUAGUUGAAUAAUUGUGUUAACAUUCUUUUUAACGUUUAGCUGUUUUGUGGGCUUUUUUGGGGUAUUUCGUGGCAUAAUGUAUUGUGUAAAAAGAACGUCACGAAAAUGAAAUGAAUAAAAUAAAAUAGUCUCCCACCCAGGUGGGGCUUCUUCGGUGACCCCCGACAUGCUGCAUCAUGGACUAUUUUCAACCGUAAACGAUCCCUUACCCAGGCAGGAAUCAUCUUCGGGUCAAGAACCAGACCAAUAAACGUAUCUCCUCGUUGGUAAAAGUGUA